AUGAUAACUGUAAAAUUGUUUUUAUUUCUAAUUUAUAUAUUAACUUUAAAUAUCAAGAUUAUUGAUGGACAUCAAUGUCAAAGAGAUUCGUUGUUGACAAAUGAUCAACAAUCGGUCGAUUUUUGGGUGACAAUUAAGCUUCCUGGUUUCAUGGACCUCUAUCUAUAUCAUGAUUCAUUGAUGGAUUCACCAAUGUUUUUAGUAAGAUUAAAGAUAGAUCUAUUUUUAGUACAAGGAAGAUUCUUGAGAUCAAAAUUCAGUGGUUUUGGAAUGACUUUGGAUCAAAUCAAUGAAGAUGAAUCAUCUGAUUUUUUAGCAUAUAACAAUAAUUUCAAUAAAAAAUGGAGUUUUCAAACUAUAUCCGGUCCAGAUGAUAAAUAUUGGUCAAUGACACACGAAAAAGGAAUGAUUUCAUGGGGUAAGAAUGAUGGUUUCUGGUUACAACAUUCAUUGCCAAAAUUCCCAAAUUUAAAAGGAAACAAAAACGAAAAUGGAUUUGUAAAGAUUGAUCAUUUCGAUUUAAUUGAAGAUGUUCCCGAUUACUUGGUCGAUACACUAGAGUUCCUUGAAUUCGCUUACAAAGGAUUACCACCCAACCAUAUCUUCGAUUCAAACCUCAGAUCAAAGUCAGGUUCUCCAUGUCCAAAUUUAGAUAUCUUCAAAAAGGAAAAAAUGUCCCUCCUCUCAGAUAUAUUGAAAGAAUUUCAGCUUCGACCUUCAUGGGAUUACAAAACUGUAGAUUUGAAUUAUCUUUUCAUGGAUAUUCCAAGAGCUGACAGUUUUGCUCAACAUAUUGUCUGUGUAUCUCUCUCAUCUAUUCAAAAAGUUGAUCAAAUGAUUGAGUAUCUAAGUUAUUUAAACCCAGAUAUCGAUCGUGGAACAGUUGCAUCUAGAUCUGGUUCAAAGAGAUUCAAAAAGAUUGAUAAAAUUGUAGCAACUACUCAAACCAUUCAAGCAACUGAUAAUUUCAAAUUCCAUUUAUCUGUUCAACCCUUUACUCAUCAGAUAGGUUCUAUUUGGAACAAUUUGUUUAAAGAGGAGUGUAAAACUCAACCAUGUCUCCCAUUUCCAGAAAAGGGAAAAAGUUCUGAUUUGACUAUUUCCACUUGGACAACUGCAGAUGCACAAUUUGGUUUCCAAAAGCAACUUGUUAAACUUGCAAAGUUUAAAACAACCUAUGAAGUUUUAACAAAGACACAAGAAUUCAAAUGGGGGGCUGGAUAUGGAUCGGAAAUGGAUCAUUCAAAAUUGGCUUAUCUUCCACCUGGUGAGAAAUAUAAAGAUUGGAAUGUAUGUUUCGGUGGAGAAAAUAUGUAUUGUAGUAAAUCAGCUUGUUAUGGUUCUUUAUUGUUUUGUUUCAAAAGUGAUAAUUUAGCUGGUGCUUUCCGUUCUAUAGAGGAUGAUAUAGAAAAUUCGGGUCCUUUCCAAAUGGAAGUUAAUGGCAAAACAAAGAAUAUAGGAUUCAAUGCUGAUAAGAAUGCUCUCAAUGGAAAUUCGUUCGAUAGGUAUCGAAAAUCAUCUGGAAGUAUAGCUGCUAAUUCACUCUUUCAUUUAUCAUUCAACCAAUGGAAGAGGCAUAGAACCAAACCUACAAAAGGAGGCGAAGAAUAUUUUAUUAAAAAUAACAAUUUUAUUGAAGAUAUAUUGCUCCACUUCUUUGGACCGAAUUCCAAUGUUCAAAUUCAAGUCGAUAUCAUAAAAGAAAAGAAAAAUCCUCCAUCAACGCCAACAAAAACAAACUCAAAGCGAAGUCUUGAAAAUGGCUACAAUAUCAAUUCAGUUGAUUCUCAUGAUCUGAAGAGAAAAAAACACGAACCAUUAGUUGAAUAUGAUUGUGGAGAUCAAGAGUCACAAGAUCCCAGGGACACUGAUUCCGAACCUAUUUUUAAUAUAAUUAAAAUAGAGAAAAAUGAGCUACCUCUAGCAAAUUACAUUUGCCAAAAAAUAGCAAAUGAUCCUAAUAAUAAUAAUAAUAAAAAUAAAAAAUAG